CAGGCGGCAGGUCCGACACUGACCAUCCUGUGCAACUCUCCUCUGAGCCUGCAGAGACCACGGCGUACAUGUCCAGUCACCACUAGUUUGUGUAUUUGAACAAUUGGAACCAUGUCAAGCCCACCCCCCUCCUCUAGCUCGCGACCGCUGUCGUCUUCACGAUCUCUUCACGGUUCGCAGUCUAUCUUCCCCGGAACAAGCAAUUCGCGGCCAUUCCUUCACAUGCUCAAUCCCAUGGGAAGGACCUAUCAGGGCUACAUGCCUGCUAACCAGUCCGUCCUAGAAGAAGGGGACGAAGAAGAUAACGCGGACGGGGACCACGACCUCGAGGCUGGCCAUGCGAGCCGCAGUACAAUGUCGCGCUCGAGCAAGACAAAGCCCAAUGGAAAGCGGCGCGUGGCUUGGGGCGGUGACAACCCCGAGAUGAACGUACUGAGGCCGAAUGUCCGGCAGGCCGACCCGAAGCAGGACGAAGACUCGUCAGACGAGGAGCCACAGAACUUCAUGAUUGAAGCCGUACCAUCUAGUGCUGCGAGGCGAACGGCAUCUCCACCUACCACCAGUCCGAAGGGAAAGGAGAAGGAAACGAGGAGGCAGCCACUGUACUCUAGCUCUCGAAGGCACGUACCUCCUGCGCCGCCCAUUACACCCUCGAAUGGGGCACCUGUGUCCAUCCCGCCACGACCCUCAGAACUGGACGUGGACGACACGCCACAACCUAGACCUUCACAUGAGCGUCAUCCAAGGAUGCGUGGCCUUGAUGCUCACGAACGCGCAUUAUGGAACUGGGUCAAUGUGUACAACUUAGACGCGUUCCUGCAAGAGGCGUACUACUACUAUGAGGGAAAGGGCAUCUACAGCAUAGCGAUGUCUCGAGGGUUGAACCUUCUCACAGUCGGGUUCGUCAUAGGGUUCUCAACUUUCCUUCUGGGAUGCGUAGACUACUCCCGCAUACGACCGGAUAAGGUCACACGAUUGGGCGACGUCAUUGUAGAUCGCUGUGUCUCGAGAUUCUCCGGCUUCACCUUCCUAUUCUUUGUCCUCUUCACCGCUUUCUUCGCGUGGCAGAUUGUGAACUAUGCCCUAGGCAUCCUACGUCUCGUGGAUAUGUACGGGUUCUAUACAUACCUGCUUCAUAUCCCUGACGCUGACAUUCAGACCAUUUCUUGGCCUGAAGUUGUGCGACGCAUCGGCGCGAUACGCGAAGACAAUCCCUUAACGGCACUAUCGUCUACAGGCGCAGGUCAGUCAGUGACCGCCAAGCUUGAUGCGCACGACAUAGCAAACCGUAUCAUGCGGCAGGAGAACUACCUCAUUGCCCUAUUCAACAAGGAGCUCUUGGAUCUCCGCGUACCAUUGCCACCCUUCCUCAAACGGUUCGUCACCGUUCCGGAGGACGGUAAGGGACGCGUACUUACGAGGGCGCUUGAGUGGAACUUGCGGUUCUGCCUGAUGGAGUACUUGUUCGACGAGAGGGGGAAGGUGAGGAAAGUGUUCUUGAAGUCGAAGAACAGGACGGUCCUGAUUGAAGGACUGAGGAGGCGGCUCAUCUUCAUGGGGAUCCUGAACGCCAUCUUCGCUCCUUUCAUCGUACUCUACCUGAUCAUGUAUUCGUUCUUCCGCUACUUCGAGGAAUACAAGAACAAUCCUUCGAAUAUCGGUGGUCGACGCUACACGCCUUUUGCGCAGUGGAAGUUCCGCGAGUUCAAUGAGCUACCGCAUCUCUUCAAGCGGCGUCUCAACGAGUCAUACCCAAGUGCGACUAUGUACAUCGGUCAGUUCCCCAACGAGAAGGUCACACUGAUCGUCCGAUUCGUGGCGUUCAUUGCAGGAUCCUUCGCCGCUGUGCUCUUGCUUGCGUCCGUGAUCGAUCCCGAUCUCUUUCUUCACUUCGAAAUAACGCCGCAUCGUACUGUGCUGUUCUACAUCACCGUCUUCGGAUCCAUCCUCGCCGUAGCACGCGGAAUGAUCCCGGAGGAGACUCGUGUGUUUGAUCCAGAGCUACUCAUGACGGACGUGAUACAAUACACGCACUAUAUGCCAGAAGAGUGGAGGGGCCAGCUGCACUCCAAGAAGGUUCACGAGGAGUUCGGCGAACUGUUCGCGAUGAAGGUCAUGAUCUUCGCCCAGGAGCUGCUGUCAGUCAUCCUCACGCCGUUCGUAUUGUGGUACUCGCUCCCGCCCUGCGCACCCGCCAUUGUGGACUUCUUCCGCGAGUUCACUGUGCACAUCGACGGCCUCGGCUACGUGUGCAGCUUCGCGGUAUUCGACUUCCAGCGGCACGGUAACAUCAAGUUUGGCGCUCCUACACAAGUCCAAGACGAGCGACUGAUGUCCAAGGAGGGAAAGAUGGAGAAGAGUUUCCUCAACUUCAAGGCCGCCCACCCGGAGUGGAUGCCUGCAGACCCCACAGGCUCGCUCUACCUCAGCCGCAUCGCCGACUUCAGCGCCGCGCACCCCAUGGGGCUCGGUCGUCGUCGGCUCCUCCGCCGCCCAUCCGAUGCCGGCGCGCCCGCCCUCGGUCAGCUCCAGGAGAGCCAAGCCGGCCUCGAUGCGACGCUGCAGGAUCCGCGCCAGAGCGUAAUGGCACGGAGACGUGGUGGAGGAAGUACGUUGAUGCAGAGCACGCGUGGGCCUGGGCUCGGGUCGCUUGCGGCAGCCGGGGGAAUGGGCACGGGCACGUCGACGAUCUUCCAGAGCGCCGCUGGCCUCGACAUGGCGCAGACCGUCGCACUGGGUGACUCGCAGGGGAGCAUCAUGCCCCAGCCCCCCUCCGCUCGGGCGAACCAGACCACGAAGGACACAAUCCCUGAAGAGGAGCUCGCUGCGGACGGUGGUGUGGGCAGCGGGCUGGGGGAGUCGUACGUUGACACACGGAGGCGGACGUCGAGUAGUCAGGUCAGGGACGAAGAGGACGAUGAUGGGAUGGCGGAUGGAGGCGUACUCGGGCUGUUGGCGCAGAUCUAUGGUGCUGGCGCAGAUAUGAAGGGGCGAGGGAGGGGCCCGCCGAGAGCGAUUUGAGCGAUCUACUACCCGCACGGACUCUGGCCAGGACCUACAACUAGAAGUUGUGUCCACUCGACCAUUUGAUCUUCAUGAACCUUCCGUAAUGAUCAUGCAUAUAUUCUUCUGUGGAUAAAACCAGUCCUUUCGGGCUCGCUGACGGGCCAGCAGGUUGGUAUUGUAAGAACAGAUGCUCGAACUCAUAUUCAGCGUCCAAUGCAGCAAAAC